UCUUGCAUCACUCUAGUCUUCCUCUCGUGUUUUGUAUUUCCUUCUUAAUUCUCACGAUGAAACCUCUCGGAGCAAUGAUCGUGUUUUUGACUCUGUCCACAGCAUGUGGAUUAAGAUGCUACUCGUGUUUAGCCUCUGACCCUCGCUCCUGCACCCAGACCACAACUUGUUCUGACCCCCUCGACCGAUGUUACACCUUCUACGUGAGCGGCACCGUCUCUAAGGGCUGCCACUACAGCGGCUCCUGUGUCAAGCCUUUCACUUGCUGUGAAGGGAAUUUGUGCAACAGCGUUAUACCAACUGGUCCCAGUGUCAUACUCCUGAUGGUAUCUUCAGCCAUAAUUACCAUCUUCCUCUGAAGCUCUGGCACAAUUAAUAAUCUUGGAUAUUUUUUUUUCAAUUAAAACACAAAAAUGUAUC